AUGGCUGGAAAGGCUGUCGGUAUCGACUUGGGCACGACCUACUCGUGCGUCGGCGUCUGGCAGAACGACCGCGUCGAAAUUAUCGCCAACGACCAGGGAAACCGCACCACCCCCUCCUACGUCGCCUUCACCGACACUGAGCGUCUUAUCGGCGAUGCGGCGAAGAACCAGGUUGCGAUGAACCCCCACAACACCGUCUUUGACGCCAAGCGCCUCAUCGGACGCAAGUUUGCCGACGCCGAGGUCCAGUCCGACAUGAAGCACUGGCCGUUCAAGGUCAUCGACAAGUCGGGCAAGCCCAUCAUCUCGGUCGAGUACAAGGGCGAGCAGAAGGAGUUCACGCCCGAGGAGAUCUCGUCGAUGGUCCUCCUCAAGAUGAAGGAGACGGCCGAGGCCUACCUCGGCGGCACCGUCGCCAACGCCGUCGUCACCGUCCCCGCCUACUUCAACGACUCGCAGCGCCAGGCCACCAAGGACGCCGGCUUGAUCUCGGGCCUCAACGUCCUCCGCAUCAUCAACGAGCCCACCGCCGCCGCCAUCGCGUACGGCCUCGACAAGAAGUCCGAGGGCGAGAAGAACGUCCUCAUCUUCGACUUGGGAGGCGGCACGUUCGACGUCUCGCUCCUCACGAUCGAGGAGGGCAUCUUCGAGGUCAAGGCCACCGCCGGCGACACCCACCUCGGCGGCGAGGACUUUGACAACCGCCUCGUCAACCACUUUGUCGCCGAGUUCAAGCGCAAGAACAAGAAGGACCUCUCGUCGAACGCCCGCGCCCUCCGCCGCCUCCGCACCGCCUGCGAGCGCGCCAAGCGCACCCUCUCGUCGGCCGCCCAGACCACGAUCGAGAUCGACUCGCUCUUCGAGGGCAUCGACUUCUACACCUCGAUCACCCGCGCCCGCUUCGAGGAGCUCUGCCAGGACCUCUUCCGCUCGACCAUGGAGCCCGUCGAGAAGGUCCUCCGCGACUCGAAGAUUGACAAGCAGUCGGUCCACGAGAUUGUCCUCGUCGGCGGCUCGACCCGUAUCCCGCGUGUCCAGAAGCUCGUCUCCGACUUCUUCGGCGGCAAGGAGCCCAACAAGUCGAUCAACCCGGACGAGGCCGUCGCGUACGGCGCCGCCGUCCAGGCUGCCAUCCUCACCGGCGACACGUCCGAGAAGACCCAGGACCUCCUCCUCCUCGACGUCGCCCCUCUCUCGACCGGUAUCGAGACCGCCGGCGGUGUCAUGACCAAGCUCAUCCCGCGCAACACGACCGUCCCGACCAAGAAGUCGGAGAUCUUCUCGACCUACGCCGACAACCAGCCGGGCGUCUUGAUCCAGGUCUACGAAGGGGAGCGCGCCCGCACCAAGGACAACAACCUCCUCGGCAAGUUUGAGCUCUCGGGCAUCCCCCCCGCGCCCCGCGGCGUCCCCCAGAUCGAGGUCACCUUCGACAUCGACGCCAACGGCAUCCUCAACGUCUCGGCUUCGGACAAGACCACCGGCAAGUCGAACAAGAUCACCAUCACCAACGACAAGGGCCGCUUGUCGAAGGAGGAGAUCGAGCGCAUGGUCAGCGAGGCAGAGAAGUACAAGGCGGAGGACGAGGCUGCUGCCGCGCGCAUCACCGCCAAGAACGGCCUCGAGACUUACGCCUACUCGCUCCGCAACUCGAUUGACGGCGACCUCAAGGACAAGAUCGAGGGCUCGGACCGCGAGACGCUCGACAAGGCCAUCUCGGAGACCAUCUCGUGGCUCGACGCUUCGGCCGAGGCCUCGAAGGAGGAGUACGAGGAGAAGCAGAAGGAGCUCGAGGGUGUCGCGAACCCGAUCAUGAUGCGUGCGUACGGCGCUGCUGGUGGCGCGCCCGGUGGUAUGCCCAACAUGCCCGGAGGUGCUGGUGCUCCCGGCGCCGGCGGCGACGACGGUCCCUCGGUCGAGGAGGUCGACUAA